UUCUGCUUGUGGCGAUAUCCGUAACAUAAGAGACCCUUUUCAUUUAAACACCGAUCCAAAAUAUUGUCAUUUUUCAGGAUUUGAAUUAGCUUGUGAAGGUAACCAAACAGUUAUAUGGUUAUUCUCCAUGAAGUUGCACGUUCAAAGCAUCGACUAUGAUAAUCAGAAAAUUCACCUGGUAGAUCCGACUUUACAAACACAAGAUGAUCUAUGUUCUCUCAUACCUUCUAAGCUUACCAUUCAAAAAUACAGUAGUUUCUUCAACUCAUACUAUUAUGCAUCAGAGCAUAGAAAGCCCGCGCCCAUUUUCAUGUUCAAAUGUCCAUCUUCUGUUAAUGAUUCGACAUUUGUGGAAAUUAGUGGCUGCAAAUUAAGCAGAUACACUUAUUUAAAGAUUGGAGAGAUGAAAGUCUCUGAAGUGAGUGAUGGAUGCAGAGCAGAAUUUAUAGGCUUCACCUCAUGGCCUAAUAUUCACAACAUUUCCCUUUCUGAUUUUCAUCAAGUAGUUCUCUACGGAUUUGAGUUUUCUUAUUCUUCGUGGGGUUUAUUGGAUUUGAUUUCCGAUAUCAGUAGUUGGCUGAUUCUGUUUUUCGUGUUGCAUUUGGGAGCAAAAUUUGUAAUAGGCCUUCCGCUGGUAAUUGCAUUUCUGGUGUACAAAUUCAAAAGGAGGCAUUUGUCAAUGUACGAUACGAUUGAAGGCUUUUUGCAAACACAAAACAAUUUCAUGCCAAUCAGAUACAAUUACUCCAACAUAAAGAGAAUGACAAGAGGAUUCAAAGAGAAAUUAGGCGAGGGGGGGUUAUGGAACUGUGUACAAAGGAAAGCUUCAAAGUAGAAGGGAUGUAGCAGUGAAGAUGUUGAGCAAGCCUAAAGCCGGUGGGCAAGAUUUCAUGAAUGAAGUAGCUACCAUCGGAAGGAUUCAUCAUGUCAACGUGGUUGGACUCGUGGGGUAUUGCGUUGAGGGAACAAAGCGUGCUCUUGUUUACGACUUCAUGCCCAAUGGAUCACUUGAUAAGUACAUCCGUACCAGUCAAGAAGGAAGUCCUCUGUUAAGUUGGCAGAGGAAGUAUGACAUUAUUCUUGGAGUGGCUCGAGGAAUUGGGUAUUUGCAUCGAGGCUGUGAU